AUGAGAUCGAGCAUCCUGUCGUUCCUGGCCGGUGCGCUGGCUCUGGUCACGGCGAACGCAUCUGGAGACUCUGGUGAAGAAAAGGAUACUGCUGCCAAAAGUACCACGUUCAAUGGGCAAGACGUUCCGUCGUUGGAGGAGUUCACGGCAGCAAGCUGGCCCAACGAACUCACACAGAGCAAAUGGCUUGUGGUCAAGUUCUUUAGCCCUUGGUGCGGCCACUGCCAGGCGUUUGCCCCAACAUACCAGACCGUCUAUGAGUACUAUUUCACAUUGGAACCUCGAGACGGCUCAAACUUUUUAAAAAAAAACAACAUGAGAUUCGGCAUGGUAGACUGCACAGUCUAUGGAGAUCUCUGCAGCGAGCUCAAAGUCAAUUCAUACCCUACAACAAUACUGUUCAAAAACGGCGUAGAAUUCGAUCGGGUUAAGGGCGCAAAAGGUAUAGAUUUCGUCAGCAAAUUGGUUGAAAAAGCCCUGGAAGAGGAACAUCCUGGUUCCCGGCCUCAGGAUGUGAAAUUGCCGUCGCCGGGCGCCACAGAGUUCCCGACGCCAAGCGCAACCGCUACGAAGGAUGAUGCCAACAAGAACAAGGACGCCGAGAAAAACGAAGACUCCAGGGACGGAGGCUCCAAGAAAACUGAGGUCGACGACAAGAAGCCGUUUGGAAAUGACUGGAGCGUCCCUACAGCUGGAGAAUUAGAAAAGGCAAAAAAGCCUCCGAAACCGACUGUCACACCUAAUCCUGAGGGUGUCUCAAUCCCUUUGACAGCCGAAAGCUUCCAGAACUUGGUGACCCAGACCCAGGAUGCUUGGUUCAUCAAAUUUUAUGCCCCUUGGUGCUCUCAUUGCAAGGCAAUGGGUCCAACUUGGGAGCAAGUUGCCAAAACAAUGCGAGGAACAUUGAACAUUGGUGAAGUCAACUGCGACAAGGAGUCUAGGCUCUGCAAGGAUGUUCACGCCACUGCAUACCCAACGAUUAUGUUCUUCAAAGGUGGUGAGAAAGCCGAGUACUCGGGGCUCCGUGGCCUUGGCGACUUCUUGCAAUUUGCUGAGAAGGCAGUCGACCUCGCUAGUGGCAUUCCCGAUGUCAAUGCGACGUCAUUCAAGGCAAUGGAGGAGACUGAAGACGUUAUAUUUGUGUACUUUUACGAUCAUGCUACAACGAGCGAAGAUUUCAGAGCUUUGGAGCAGAUCCCCCUGAGUCUCAUUGGUCGCGCUAAACUUGUCAAGACCAAUGAUCCCGAAAUGUAUCAACGCUUCAAGAUCACAACCUGGCCCAGGCUGAUGGUUUCUCGCGAAGGCAGACCGUCGUACUAUCCUCCAAUUACACCCAAUGAAAUGCGAGAUAAGAACGAAGUCUUGAACUGGAUGAGGCAUGUAUGGCUUCCUCUGGUGCCGGAGUUGAAUCCUUCCAAUGCCCGUCAGAUUUUGAAUGGCAAAAUUGUCGUCCUCGGCAUCCUGAGCCAUUCGGAUAAGGAGUCGUUCUCUGUGUCCCUUCGCGAAAUGAAGAGCGCGGCAAACGAAUGGCUGGACAGACAGAUACAGGAGUUCCAACUCGAACGUAAGAAGUUGCGGGACUCUAAACAGAUGAGAAUUGAGGAGGCAGAGGAUCGCGGAGAUCAGCGCGCUUUGCGAGCCGCCAAGGGGAUUCGAGUUGAUAUGAAUGACUCUGGUCGCAAGGAAGUGACUUUUGCUUGGGUCGAUGGCGCGUACUGGCAGCGUUGGGUCCGACAAACGUACGGCAUUGACGUCAAGGAUGGCGAGAGGGUCAUCAUCAACGACGAAGACAACCGUCGAUACUGGGAUCAAACGGCGACCGGUAAUUACAUCAUGGUUAGCCGUACCUCGAUUAUGGAGACACUGGACAAGAUUGUGUAUGGCCCGCACGUCAUCAAACACAAGCUUACCGUGUCUACGAUUGAGAAGAUAUUUUUUGACAUUCAGAUGGCCUUUGUGGAGCACCUAUACCUGUCUAUGGCCUGUGUUCUGGGCAUCACAUUUGGCACUCUGUCAUGGUUACGUGGCCGUUCCCGUCGUGCUCGGGCUGGACACUUCCGACUGGACGAUGCCAUGGGUAUCAAUCAACUCAAGGAAGGUCUUCUAGGUAUGAACGGCAACAGCAAUCAAAAGACUGAUUAG